AUGAAUCCAAUCGAAAUUAAUGCUGAAGGCAAUUUUGAACACGAUGGAUUAUUCGAAAUAAUGAAUACAUUUAAUUCGCUAACCAAAUUCAUUACGCAGGGGUCUCCAUUAGAAUACCCAGUACUUUAUGCUCAUGCGUUGCAACAAAAGUAUAAAGUUUUUAAUGAAUACGAACAUGAAAUUGAAGAGUUUUUCAUUAAGGUUAGAAUAAGUAUUUUAUGUUGCAAACAUCCAAAUUCAAUUGCAUUAUAUUCAUUAAGAUUUAAUUAUUUUUUAGAUCUGUUCAUUGAUAAUCUUAGCAAAGAUAAUGCUGAUUUUUUUGAGGAGAAACUUCCCUCUCUUUACAUUUUAGAACACGCUCCUACUGAAGAUAUGCCUCCAAUUGAAACAGAUGAAAUAAUACCAGCAGAUAUAACUCUUAAUACACUUACAAUUAGUCAAGUUGGCGCUUUUACCCUCUCACAAGAUCAAAAUUUGAUUCCAAGUUUCACAACAUUUAGCGGUACAGCAAGAUCGUCAACUAGGCAGGAUAACAUGACAACAAACAGUAGACAAGAUGCAGGUAAUACAAAUUCGAAGCAAGUUUUCGUCAAUAAAUAG